AAGAACAAGAAGAGCAAGGCAGGCGGUUUUUUAUGGGUUUCAUCUUGUUUCUUUCUUACGAGGGUUUCAUCACCAUGGACAAGAAGAGGCCGAGUGACACGGCAUUUUCUUCUUCGGCAUCGGCAUCUAAGAGGAGGAAUAAAUCUGAGGAUGAGUUAAAGAAGGGCAGCGAUGAGGCUUUUCAUCUUUCAGAGGACAGGGUUGUAGAAAUUUUAAUUCUCAUUCGCUCAGGAGGAGGGACUCCUAACAAGUGGGAUGAGUAUGCCACAUCAUUCUAUAACAGAACCCUUGCCUGCAAGACACGCUUCACACUCUUGGGGAAACACCAGCAGGUUGAGGAGGAGACAGAAGAUGAUAUCUCAACAGAUGAGGAAGAGGAAAAGGUGGAUACUCAAUAUUUGUCGCCAUCGGAAAUGGAUGGGGAUCAGGAUGAGGAUAUGGAGUCUACUCACUCCGAAGAGGGUUACUGCAGGCCGGAGCUUUCUGGGCCAUUCGAUUUCGGUUCUUAUUCUUCUGGGAAUGAACCUAAAUCUAUUCCUUAUCAUUUGUAUCUGCUGGUUAAGGAAGCAGUUGAUAUCAUGGAGCCUUUUGAGGGGUGCAGCAUCGAUGUGACAAAAUUGACAUUGGUCGAGGAGAAAAUUUGGUUUUUUUGUAGAUACUUUCACUGUCAUCUGCCAACUGGCUGGGAAUACGACCGGGACACUGCCCGCGAUGUUGUUGCCAGCUAUGACCACACGCAUACACAUAGAUACGAUAUGGCCGGUUACACCCCUAUCACUUCCUUUGAAGGCCCGCUUGUGGAUGAUGAGUUUGAUGCGGAGACUGAGCUCUCGCGAAAUGAGCUGAUUUGUGUUAUGAGUGUUAUCCACUCACGGAAAACACCUGCAUAUUGGGAAAUGUCCCCGGGGUAUGUAUUAUUCUAUUGUAAACUAUGUUCCUGCUUUGGCAUUGAUUACGAUUGUUUAGAGGCCGCUUCAGAGGAGGAUGUGCGUUUGAUGUAUGUGGGAUUAGAGUUAGACCCCUAGUGUUAAUUUCCAAGGGACUGUGAAUGUGUUCAUGGUACUAAUGAAAAAACUAGAUCUUAUCUUAA